AUGCUAUGCAGUGCGUGCGCCAACGCUUUCCGGGAGCAGGAUGACGACAACGACAACAAUGCUGAUCAUCCGGUCAGGCUGGUGCAUCGCCAUCUCGUACCCGCCGCCCAGUCCAGACGAGAUGUCCUCCGCUCAGCCUCACCGACGCCCCCUGAGUCGCCAUUCUACAAGGCCAACCACCACAGCCUGCCCAGGCUGAAGAAGUCCGCCUCGGAUGGCUGCCACCUGUGCAUGCUGCUCUGGGCUGCUGCUCCGCCCCAAGUCCACGCUUUCUGGAACGAGAUCCUGCGGGACGAUCGCCCGGCGCACUGGCUGCCGUGUUUCUUCACCAUCAAUCGAGCCGUCUUCUCUCCGCCACAGCGCCAAUGUUCGAGAAAGCUCCUGGUAGAGUAUAAGUACCAGAUCGGCCUCACGAACCCCCACGAGCACGCGAAGCCUAUCAAACGACAUUUCAGGUUACUGUCGAGUGAAGAGGCGGAGCCCCUCACGCAACAAGCAAGGAUCACGUCCACCACCCGGUCCGAGGAAAGCUGGAACACUUUCAAAACGUGGAUGUGGACGUGCAUCUCCACACACCGUCAAUGCUCGCCCAGGUCGUUGGAAAUCCGUCAGCGGCAGCUUCCAAAACGGCUCCUUGAAGUCGGCGAGUCCAACACUGUCCGCCUCCGGACGGUCGAGAGCAUUGGGGAUGCGUACGCGAUCGAGUACCUCGCACUCAGCCAUUGCUGGGGGAUAGGUCCACGGGUCAUCCUGACAUCCGCUUCUGCAGCCACCCUGUUUGAGGGCGUGGAGAUUGACACGCUGUGUCGAACGUUCCAGGACGCCAUCAUGGUGACCAAGAGGUUCUGGGACGAGUUCGCGGUGCGGUAUCUGUGGAUCGACUCGCUGUGCAUCAUCCAAGACUCGGCCGAGGAUUGGAGGCGGGAGUCCGCCAACAUGGGCGAGAUCUACCAGAACGCCUUCUGCACGCUCGCCGCGACGGCCGCUGCGGAUGGGAACCGGGGUUUCUUCUCCGACCGCGAUCCCCGCCUGAUCUCCCCCUGCGCCGUCCCCGUGGUAGCCAAGAUGGGCGAGAAGAGGUCCUUGUACUGCGUGGACCACGAGGACUGGGCGAAGAACGUCUCCCAGGCGCCCCUGAACGGCCGCUCGUGGGUGCUGCAGGAACGGCUGCUCUCGCCUCGCGUGCUGCACUUCGGCGCCGCUCAGCUGUACUGGGAAUGCUCGGGCGUCGAGGCAUCCGAGGCCUUCCCCGCGGGAUUCCCAGACGGGUUGGGUGAGCAGUUCAAACAACUGCUGCCGUUCUCGGCCCUGCCGAAGAACCUGCAGCCGCAGCAGCAACAACAAGCGGGCUGGUCGACGAACACUCGAGGCGGCCGCGUCGGGCCGUACGGAAUCUGGGAUCAGGUCAUGGAGACGUACUCGGCCGGCCGGCUGAGCAGGCGCACCGACCGGCUGGUCGCGCUGUCGGGCAUCGCGCGCAAGCUGCAGCGCCGCCUGCUGCAGCACGACACGUACCUCGCCGGCCUGUGGAAGCAGGACCUCCCCUUCGAACUGCUCUGGGACGUUGCGGAUCCCGACCACCCCCCGCCCGAUGCCAACAGCAGCAUCAGCAGUAGCAGCCGCGAGUACAUCGCGCCGAGCUGGUCGUGGGCGUCCCGGACGGCGACGGUGCCGUGCGAAGCCGAGACGUGGGCAUCCCCGACCACGACGCCGCUGGUCGAGAUCACCGGCGCGACCGUCGUGCCGGUCGACCAGGACGACCCCAUGGGCCAAGUGCGCGCGGGCCACCUCCGCCUGGCCGGCGUGCUGUUGCGCGUCAGCCUCGCGCGCACGCACCAGCCGGGCUCGCCGACGCCGGGCCUCGCGCUGCGCAUCGCCCACCGCACCGUCCCCUCCGCCAUCUGCCGGCCGGACGACGGCUUCAGCCCCGCGGCCGCGGGCCCGCUGCCCUGCGUGGUCUACUGCCUGCCGCUCCUGCGCGGCGCCCGCAACCGCGUGCCCCGGUACCGCGGCCUCCUGCUCGUCCCGUCCGGCCGCGAGCGGCAGUUCCGCCGCUACGGCACCUUCACGGCCGACGCCGCCGGCGACGAGUUCCUGGUCCCGUGUGCGCCGGCGCGCUUCGACACGGGCGACCUGCGCCCCGACAUGCGUUACGAGAUUACGAUUGUAUGA